AUGACAACAACAACAACAAAUAUCAGUAAUAAAGAUGAUUCAUUAAAUAAAAACAAUGAUAACUAUAAUGAUGUUAGGGAUCAAAUAGAUAAUAAUGAAGGUGAAGAGAAUGAGAAUGUUUCAUUGGAUUUAGAAAAACAAACAGUAGAGCUAUCGGAUUUCCUAAAGAACAAACCAAAAGAGUUUAUCGAUUUCUUAGUAGAGAAUGAUAUACCAUUCGAUUCUUAUGAUAUUAAAGAAAUACCAAGAUUCAUUAGAUUAAAUAAUAGAUUAUUAAAUAGUAAUGAUAAACAAGAUAUAAAUAGUUUUAUAAAACAAUUAGAAACAGAGUUGAAAACCGAGUUAAUACCACUCAAGUGGUUACCUCAUUUCUAUAAACUAUCGGAAAGAGUUGGAAUAGCUUCAUCAAAAUCUUAUAAGAAUGGUUUGAUAUAUGGUAUGGAUGCUUCUAGUGGAGCAGCAAUAUUGGCAUUAGAUCCACAGCCUGGUGAUAAUGUGUUGGAUAUAUGUUGUGCACCUGGAACAAAGCUGUCGAUGAUUGCCGACAUGAUGAAUGGAGAAGGUACUGUCACAGGUGUCGAUAUCAGUCUUCAAAGAUUGGGUUCUUGUAAAACGAUACUCAAGAAAUACAAGGUACCGAGUGCCAGACUAUUUCAAUGCGACGGUUCAACAUUCAACAUUAAAGCACCUAUUAAAGAUGAUCCAUUACCAUUCAAACCAAUUAAGAAACAAAAGAAAAAUAAUAAUAGUAAUAAUAACAAAGAAGAAUCAAAAGAAGAAGAGGAAGAAGAAGAAGAUGUAAAUAAUGAAGAAUAUAAACAAGUUAGUAAUAAUAAUAGUAGUAGUGGUAAUGGUAAUUGUAAUAAGAGAAGAGUUUCAAAGAAAAAGACAUCGAAAGUAACAUACGACCUGGAUGGAUUGUACUUUUGUAAUACUUUUUAUAUGCGAUAUUCGAAUGCACAGUUAUAUGACAAGGUUAUUGUUGACGCAGAAUGUAGUUUGGAUGCAUCGGUUCGUCAUCUUCUUCAAUACAGUAAGCUAGGUAGAAAUUUCUUACCAAACGAAUUAACUGAAUUGACCGAUUUACAGAAACGGUUAAUACAAACAGGAUUCAAUUUAUUAAAAGUAGGAGGUAGUUUAGUUUAUAGUACAUGUAGUUUCUGUAAAGUACAGAAUGAAGAUGUUGUUAAAUGGUUAUUAGAUAACAAUGCCAAUGCUAAAUUAUUACCUUGUUUCGAAGAACAACAACAAGAACAACAACAAGACAGUAAUAACAACAACAACAAUGAUUAUAAAGUACCAUAUAGUAAAGGAUUCAUUGAUAAUACAUAUAGAUUCUAUCCAAAGAAUGGAACAAGUGGAAUGUUCAUUUCAAAAUUCACAAAGAUAUGA